AUGUUGUGGAACACCUUAUGGCAGUAGCCAGAGAGUGGGGAAUCGAAGAAAAAGUUGCGUCCCUGACUACGGAUAGUGCGCGUAAUAUGGUAGCGGCUGCCAGACUACUGCCUUUUGAACACAUACCCUGCAUGGCACAUAGCGUGCACCGGGCUGUCACCGUGUCACUUCAAAACAGCCCUUUUGACUUGGCACUGGCGAAAUGCCGAAAAUUUGUCGGCCACUUCAAACAUAGCCCGGCAAAUGCCUCCGAGCUUCAACAGCAACAGGCUGCUCACAAUCAAAAACAAGAAGCCCUAACGCAGGAAGUGCUAACCCGGUGGAACAGCACUCUGGAGAUGGUAAAGAGAGUCAACCGGAAUGUCGAACCACUGCGGGAUGCACUGGCACUACACCCCACGAAAAUAGCCAUGCCAACUGCUGCUGAACUGGAAAAAACAAAGAAACUGGAAACUGCGUUGGAGCAUUGCAGGUAUGUUUCUGAUCUUCUGGGAGGAGAGAUGUAUACGUCUUGCUCUGUGGUCCUGCCAGCAUUAUGUCACCUCUCCAGAGUGAUGGACGCCACCGAAGAUGACCCAGUAUAUAUGUUCAAGUUCAAGGCAACCUUCAAAGCUGACAUGGAUGACCGCAAGGACAAGUUCAACACCACAUGGCUGCGCAUAGCAACAGCACUUGAUCCGAGGUUUAAAGACCUAAAGUGUCUCAGCAAACCUGACCGGGUUCACGUGUGGGAUUCCAUCUGCACCUUGCUCAGGGAGAUGGAGAGCAGGACGCAUGCAGAGCUGGAUGACCAUAGUACACCCGAGCCAGCAAAGAAGAAACCAGCUCUCAUGCUGGCAGAGGAGUCUUCAUCGGAUGAAGAGGAAGACAAUGUGGAGCGGUGCAUUGAUCGCUACAAGGCAGAGCCCAUGAUAAGCAUAGAUGAUUGUCCACAAGAGUGGUGGUCCACACAUGCAGCAUCCCACAGUGAGUUGGCCUCUCUUGCACAGAGGUACUUGGCAACGCCUGCAACAUCAAUGCCGUCUGAUGGUUAUUGGGCUGCAGUCAGCACCAGUAAUGGCCUUAAUUUGGGUAGAGGAUCGUCCUGUGUCUUGACGUUCAGCCAAUCGGAUCCUGCGGCUCACAGCUGGUGA